UACAUUCUAUCCAUUAUUAUGUGAAAGCUGCUGUCACAUGCAGAUUCUUCCCGUGUCUUCCUCCUGCAGUGUAUCUGGGGGUGACCAGCCUGAACGCGUACCAGGUGAAGAUGAACAGCAUCUGCGCCCAGUGGCAGCCUCACCGACACGCCAGCAGCUACAGGGUGCUCAUGGAGUCUCUGCUCAACGGUCAGAAGCAGGAGACGAAGCUGAGCGGAGGAGCCAACCGACACUGUUUCAACAACCUGCAGGCCAACACGCAGUACAAGAUGAGCGUGUACGCUCAGCUGCAGGACGGCACGGACGGGCCGGCGGUCACCGUCACUGAGAAAACACGUAAGAACAAACCCACGCAGUCACACCUGAGACACUCAAACACCGACACC